GAGGAGGGGCGGGGCGCGCCGAGCUGGCCCGGGGCCGAAGCCAGGGAGAGCAUGGCCACCCUGCAUCGGCUGCGGGAGGUUCCCCGGCACUUGCUGGUCUGCGAGAAAUCCAACUUCGGCCACGACAAGUCGCGCCACCGACAUCUUGUGGAGACGCACUAUCACAACUACAGGGUUUCAUUUCUGAUUCCUGAAUGUGGGAUUCUGUCAAAAGAACUGAAAAACCUAGUCAUGGAAACUGGACCCUAUUACUUUGUGAAGAACUUACCUCUUCAUGAGUUAAUUACACACGAAUUCAUCAACACCUUUGUGAAGAAAGGUUCGUGCUGUGCACUAACAUACAAUACAAAUAUCGAUGAAGAUAAUACUGUGGCCCUGCUGCCAGACGGGAAAUUAAUUUUAUCACUGGAUAAAGAUACUUAUGAAGAAACUGGUCUUCAAGGUCGUCCAUCUCAGUAUUCUGGCAGAAAAAUCAUGAAGUUUAUUGUUUCCAUUGAUUUGAUGGAUUUAUCCUUUAACCUGAAUUCUAAGAAGUAUGAAAGAAUAUCUUGGUCCUUCAAAGAAAAGAAGCCAUUGAAAUUUGAUUUUCUUUUGGCUUGGCAUCAUACAGGUGCGGAAGAAUCCACAAUGAUGUCAUACUUUUCCAAUUACCGAAUUCAGGAGCAUCAGCCAAAAAUAGCCCUGAGCACCGUGACGGAGCUGCCGUGCCCGGUGCUGCGAAGCAGCGCCCUCCGGGGGGCGCCAGAGGAGGCCUGCAGCGCUCCGGAGCUUCUGGACUGGCUUGGCGCCGUCUUCAGCCACGCAGAACUAAAUAAUGAGCCUAAUAACUUCAUAUCAACCUAUUGCUGUCCUCAGCCAAGCACAGUGGUGGCCAAAGCUUAUCUGUGUACAAUCACUGGUUUCAUACUUCCAGAGAAGAUCUGUCUCCUCUUGGAACAGCUGUGUCGCUACUUUGAUGAGCCCAAGCUAGCUCCUUGGAUUACGUUGUCAGUACAAGGCUUUGCAGACAGUCCUGUUUCGUGGAGAGAAAAUGAACAUGGUUUUCGAAAAGGAGGAGAACAUUUAUACAACUUCGUGAUUUUUAAUAAUCAGGACUAUUGGCUUCAGAUGGCUGUUGGGGCAAAUGAUGACUGUCCACCGUAAAAAAUACAAAAUUUAAAAUCAUGUUUGUUUA